AAACAACGCCGUAUUUCCCUCUGCCUUGCCCUUAAAUUUCUCGACUCCCAUCGCUCUUUUUUCGCUGCAAUGAAGAAGGAUUCCUCGCCACAAUCCGCCUCGGGAGCUGGGAAGCCUCAGACCAGGUCACUCGGUACAAAUACAUCACCUUGUCAGCCAAGGCCUCGGCCAGCAGGGAGGUACACAUCUGCUAUUGUCACGGCCUCCAACAUCAUCAUCGUCCUACUUGUUCUCUCUACGUUACUCCCUCAUACCUCCUUAGACCGACUAUAUAUCCUAUCAGCUGCAGCUAUUUUUGCGUCUAGCGUCCAUAGUUGGCAGGUUUUCUAUGAUCCGUCUGCAGAGUUAUAUUCCCUUAUCUUGCUCUUUUUCAGUGGGCCGCUAUCUGUAUUACUUCCUUUCACAAUAUGGGCCGAAUGGGAGCGUUUAGCGAAGUGACAGGGGAUGGCCUUGGCAGCAUAGGCUGCAGCUACCUUACAUUGUAUCUCAGGCGCUCAGAUUUCGCCGUCAGCUGCAGUGUCUCGUGUCCUGCAAGCUGAAUAUAUUCAUAGC